CAAAAUUGAUAGAGCUUAAUUUUUUCAACGCCAGUUUAAUGACUUAUUGUAAGCCAUUAUCUUGUCUGGAAUGAUUAAGUUUUACUCUUGUUUUAGUUGAAUAUUUGUAAUUCAAGUUCAGACUGGCAUUGUGUAUACUGCUUCAGUUUCAAACGUUUGUGUUGGAACUGACAAGACCACUGUUCAAAUAAGGUGUGGUUAGUGAGCUGUCAACAUCUGAAUCUGGUUGGACACGGAAAAAUGGAUCCAGAUACUCCUGAAAUUCUGUUGGAAGAAGCGAAAAAGGCGUUCAAAGACACAUUUAAGGCGGAUGCCGAAGUGGCAGUCUGCGCCCCAGGCAGAGUCAACCUAAUCGGUGAACACACUGAUUACAACGAUGGAUAUGUUCUACCCAUGGCUCUGCCGCUGGUGACUAUUGCUGUAGGCAGGAAAAACGGUCGCAACGACAUUCAAAUCAAAACGUUGGCUGAAAACGUGGACCAACCUACCAUGACGUCAUUCCCGGUUCCCAGUGUUACAGAACCCCUGGUGAAAGGCGACCUGAAAUGGGCCAACUAUGUCAAAGGCGUCAUUGCCAAUUUCAAAGGUGAGGUGCCAGGUUUUGACGCAAUGUUCAUCUCUAGCGUUCCUGUGGGAGGGGGUCUGUCCAGCAGUGCUUCCCUGGAGGUGGCCACAUACACCCUACUCGAGGCUCUUACAGCAACCGCUACAAAUCACAGUUCGACUGAGAAGGCGUUGGCAUGCCAGAAGGCUGAGCAUGACUUUGCGGGCGUGCCAUGUGGCAUAAUGGACCAGACCAUUGUCACGGUUGGCAGGGAGAGUCACGCAGUGCUCAUUGAUUGUAGGACGAACGGUCUCAUGUGGGUGCCGAUCACCGACCACAACCUGGUGUUUGUGAUCACCAACUCGAACGUCCGUCACGAGUUGUCCAGCGGGGAGUACGCCGUGAGACGCGACCAGUGUGAACGAGCCGCUGCUUUGCUCAAAAUACCCAGCUUACGGGACGGCACUCUGGGACAUCUGGAGAAUUUGAAAGUGCGAGACGGCAUCGAGGAUGUGCUGUACAGACGGGCGCGUCACGUGAUCGGGGAAAUAGCGAGGACCUAUCAGGCGGCGACCAUCCUCAAAGAUUCCAACGACGCAAAAACAUUCGGCCAGCUCAUGUUCCUCAGUCACCAGUCGCUGAAAGAUGACUAUGAAGUGUCAUGCAGUGAGCUGGACCAACUGGUUGAGAUUGCCAGGUCGGUUGACGGAGUUCUUGGCUCCAGGAUGACUGGAGGGGGUUUCGGAGGUUGCACUGUUACUCUGGUCACUAAAGGCGCUGUUAACGAUUUGAUUGAGAAAAUCAAGACAAAUUAUAAUGGGAAUCCCACAUUCUACAUCGCCAAACCAUCGCAAGGCGCUCGAAUCUUACAGCUAUGAUAUUCCCUGUAUGAAAUAAAUGAUUUAUUUCAUAUUUGUAAAUUAAUUAUGGAUUAUAUUGUAGGUGUUUGUGAAUAUUACAGUCCAUAUACUAUAGUAAGAUUCACAUUUAAUUGGCAGCAUUCCAUACCUAUAAUUAUGAAGCUUCUCAUAUUCAAACAAUGCUGACAGUUUUAAGUGAAUACCACUAUUUGUUCAUUUAUAUUCUCAAUUAUUAGAUUCAAAUGUAAUUAUAAUUUUGAUUUUCAAUAAUUAGAAUUAGAUUCAAAUUCAAUGUCUCAAAAUAUAUUCAAGUGUGAGAGUUCUAUUGAAUCACAGUGUGGUUUACUUCUCACCUGUAUUAGAUACAAAUUUUGUAUAGGAUAACAUGACUCUAAAUUAGAUUCAAAUGGAAUAAGCAUGCCUCCGUAAACCUCUGUUACAGAACUCUGUUUACGGAGGUAGUGGCAUAGAGAAACAAUAGCGUAAGUAGAUAUCCCAUGGUAUAGGGCGUUUAUGUCGCAACUUUUACUGUUAACUCUAGCCGAUUAUUGUAGAUUUUUACUGUUUUGUUG